AUGGCGGUACAUCUGCAGCAGCAGCAGGUCACCACCACCAUCACCACCAUCACCUUCCUCACCUUCCCCCUCCUCAUCUCCAUCACCAUCACCAUUCUCAACACCAUUUGCACCCCGGUUCUGCAGCCGCAGUACAUCCUGUACAGCAACAUAGUCAAGCACCUGGACCGGCAGCAGCCGCCCCAGCUCAGGUACAAGCUGCAGCAGCUGCUGCAGUUAAAGCGCACCAUCAUCAGCAUACUCAUCAUUCACAACAACAACUGGAUAUUGAACCAGACAGGCCUAUUGGAUAUGGAGCCUUUGGUGUUGUCUGAUCUAUACAUGUUUAUUAAAUGCUGUGAAAGUGAACUUUGGUCAGUAACAGAUCCACGAGAUGGAAAGAGGGUUGCACUCAAAAAGAUGCCCAACGUCUUCCAAAAUCUGGUCUCUUGCAAAAGGGUCUUCCGUGAAUUGAAGAUGUUGUGUUUUUUUAAGCAUGACAAUGUACUCUCCGCUCUCGACAUACUCCAGCCACCACACAUCGACUACUUUGAAGAAAUAUAUGUUGUUACAGAACUGAUGCAGAGUGAUCUCCAUAAGAUUAUCGUCUCUCCUCAGCCACUCAGCUCAGAUCACGUCAAAGUUUUUCUUUACCAGAUUUUAAGAGGCCUGAAAUACUUACAUUCAGCUGGUAUUUUGCAUCGAGACAUUAAACCAGGGAACCUUCUUGUGAACAGCAACUGUGUUCUUAAGAUCUGUGAUUUUGGCCUAGCCAGGGUGGAAGAAUUAGAUGAAUCUCGUCAUAUGACUCAGGAAGUUGUUACUCAGUAUUAUCGGGCUCCAGAAAUCCUGAUGGGAAGCCGUCACUACAGCAAUGCUAUUGACAUCUGGUCCAUAGGCUGUAUAUUUGCCGAACUGCUGGGGCGAAGAAUAUUGUUUCAAGCUCAAAGCCCCAUUCAGCAGUUGGAUUUGAUCACCGAUCUUUUGGGGACACCGUCACUGGAAGCAAUGAGGACAGCUUGUGAAGGCGCCAAGGCUCACAUACUCAGGGGUCCUCAUAAACAGCCAUCCCUUCCUGUCCUGUAUACAUUAUCCAGCCAAGCUACACAUGAAGCCGUUCAUCUCCUUUGUAGGAUGUUGGUCUUCGAUCCAUCCAAAAGAAUAUCCGCUAAGGAUGCCUUAGCUCAUCCAUAUCUUGACGAAGGGCGUUUACGAUAUCACACCUGUAUGUGCAAAUGUUGUUUUUCAACGUCUACUGGAAGAGUUUACACCAGUGAUUUUGAACCCAUCACAAAUCCUAAAUUUGAUGAUACUUUUGAAAAGAACCUCAGUUCUGUCCGGCAGGUUAAAGAAAUAAUCCAUCAGUUCAUUUUGGAACAGCAGAAAGGAAAUAGAGUACCUUUAUGCAUCAAUCCACAAUCUGCUGCUUUUAAGAGCUUUAUUAGUUCCACUGUUGCUCAGCCGUCUGAGAUGCCACCAUCUCCACUGGUCUGGGAAUGAAAGUGGAAGAUACAGUAUACUACUGAAGACACAAUGUAGCUUUCCACUGGAUUCUGGGAUUUGCAAUUCUGGAGAUUUAAUCAUGCUUGUACUGUAAUUUUACUAAUGAAGUUUUAAAUUAACAAC